CCGGACGUGGCACCUCCCUCACGCCCCCCUCCCCCCUCAUCUACCCCUCCUUCUUGCGGUCACUUCAAGUAGCUUGGAGACCAGUUUUUCCUAAAAUGGAACCCUGUUCCUGUGACUCUUUUGUGGCAUUACCUCCAUCAACAAUUGAUAACAGGAUUAUUUUUGGAAAAAAUUCAGAUAGACUCUGUGAUGAAGUACAAGAGGUAGUUUAUUUUCCUGCUGCAGUUCAUAACUUGGGAGAACAGCUUAAGUGUACUUAUAUAGAAAUUGAGCAAGUUCCUGAAACAUGUGCUGUUGUCCUUAGUCGGCCAGCCUGGUUGUGGGGGGCAGAAAUGGGAGCCAAUGAGCACGGAGUUUGCAUUGGGAAUGAAGCUGUAUGGGGAAGAGAAGAAGUUUCUAAUGAGGAAGCACUGCUGGGCAUGGACCUUGUCAGACUUGGUCUUGAAAGAGCUGAUACAGCUGAAAAAGCCCUCAAUGUCAUUCUUGAUUUAUUAGAAAAAUAUGGCCAGGGUGGAAAUUGUACAGAGGGUAGCAUGGAAUUUAGUUAUCACAACAGUUUCCUGAUAGCGGAUAGGAGUGAAGCCUGGGUUCUGGAGACUGCAGGGAAGUAUUGGGCAGCAGAAAAAGUACAAGAGGGCGUUCGCAAUAUUUCUAAUCAGCUCUCUAUAACAACCAAGGUUGAUCGAGAGCAUCCAAACCUGAGGACCUAUGCUAAACAGCAAGGUUGGUGGGAUGGUCAAAAGGAGUUUGAUUUUGCUGCAACGUAUUCUUAUCUUAACACCACCACGAUGUUGACUUCAUCAGGCAGAUACUGUGAGGGCUACAAGCUUCUGAAUAAACACAAAGGAAACAUAACUUUUGAAACUAUGGUGGAAAUUCUCCGAGAUAAACCAAGUGGCAUCAAUAUGGAGGGAGGAUUCCUGACCACUGCGAGCAUGGUUUCUGUUUUGCCUCGAGACUCCAACUCUCCUUGCAUUCACUUCUUCACAGGGACUCCUGAUCCUGAGAGAUCUGUUUUUAAGCCUUUUAUAUUUGUGCCACAUAUUUCACAAUUAUUGGAUACCUGUUCACCAACAUUUGAACUUGAAGAUCCAGUUAAAAAGAAGGCACACUUUAAGCCUGACAGAAGACAUCCACUCUACCAGAAACACCAACAGGCACUGGAAGUAAUUGAUACUAAUAAGGAAAAAGCCAAAACAAUGUUGGACGAUAUGAGGAAGGUGGAGAAAGAACUAUUCAAAGAGAUGGAAUCAAUCCUCCAAAACAAGCAUCUUGACGUGGAUAAAAUUGUUAAUCUCUUUUCUCAGUGUGCAAAAGAUGAAAUUAGAAUUUAUGAGUCAAAUAUUAGUUCUUAGUGAUUAUAUAAGUGGUUAAAAAUCUUCCUCAAAUCUUGAAUUUAUUGCUAUGGUAAAUGAUAUAUACAUACGUUGAGCAGAUCUGAUUAUUCUUUAAUGACAUACAAGUGAUAGUUUGUUGAUGAAAUAUAGUCUUGCUGAAAUACUAAGAAAGGAACAUUGGAAUCGAACACAUAUAAUGUGAUAGCUAGGUGGAACUUUAGGUAAUGUGUUAUUUCUUUUAGGCACAAUGACUGUUUUUUUAAUCACAAUGAUUAUUCAAUCUGCAUAAAGCAUGAAAUAUUAACAUGAUAUAUAGAUCUAUGUUUAUUAUAUCCAGAACUCAGAUUUUUAGUAUUGAAAAAUAUCUCAAAUGGUGAGGGUUUUUCUCUGGUUUUUUGUUUUUUGCUUUAGGGAAACAUUAACCAGGUUUUAACAAGAAAAAUUUCCAGAUUUACACAUUUUCUUUGUCAUUAUAGUGUAUUAAUUCUGUAAAUGCCCUUUUACGAAACCCAACAUACUCUUUUUCACUAUUUGGCUGAGCAAUGAACUUACAGCUUUAGUCAUCCUGCCUCUUUCCCUCCUCUCCUUCUCCCUUGGAAACUACAAGAUCAACACUUUAUCUUUUUAUUGUCUCUAUAGUAUUGCUUUUUUCCAGAAUAUUAUAUAUUUGGAAUCAUACAGUAAGUAGCCUUUUCAGAUCAGUUUAACUUACUAGUAAUGUAUAUUUAAGAUUCUUCAAUGUCUUUUUAGAGCUUGUUAGAGCAUUUGUUUUUAGCAUUGAAUAAUAUCCUCUUGUCUGGAUGUACUAUUCCUUGUACUUUGCUAUGUCCAAAUUUUGGCAAUUAUGAAUAAACCUACACAUAUCCACGUGUAA